AUGAGCGCUUCAGGAACACCCACGACCCCUAAAGAAACGCUUUCUAAUGUUAAUGUAACUGCAGCGUUGGAUGUUGAAGGAAAUUUUCCAUUAGAAAGCGUUCAAAUUGACGGUUUGGUAGUUCUUAAAAUUAUCAAACAUUGUCGCGAGUUUUUUCCAAGUCCAGUAACCGGACAACUUCUGGGCCUCGAUGUUAACGGUGUCUUGGAGGUAACAAAUUGUUUCCCGUUUCCUGGAGCCAAGGCUGAAGACGAAAAUGAGCUUGUAGAUGGAGCUAGAUAUCAAGUUGACAUGAUGCGUUGUCUUCGUGAAGUAAAUGUCGAUAAUAAUACAGUCGGAUGGUAUCAAUCAACAUACUUGGGUUCUUUUGUGACCCACAAAUUGAUUGAAACCCAAUAUAAUUAUCAACAGACUUUUAAUAAUAAAAGUGUUGUAAUUGUGCAUGAUGUUUCUCGUUCCACGCAUAGUAAUCUAUCAUUGCGUGCUUUCAGAUUUUCACAAGCUUUCAUGGAAGCGCAAAAGGAAGAUAAAUUUACCACAGAAUCCCUAAUAAAAAAUAAGCUCACAUUUUCAAAUAUUUUUGAAGAACUUCCGAUCACUGUUAAAAAUUCCCAUCUAGUGACGGCACUUCUUCAUUCCCUAGAUGAUUAUGAACAUGUUAUACCGAAAUCAGCUUCUUUAGAUAAAGAAAAAGUGGUCAGUCCAUUAAGUCCAAAUUUUGAUACACUAGAGUUAAGUCUCGAUCCAUAUAUCGAAAAGAAUUUAGAAUUCUUGUUGGAAUCUGUUGAAGAGCAUACACAAGAGCAAAAUACUUAUGCGUUCUGGCAACGAAGCGUUGCUAGGGAACAAACAAAAAUACAGGUUGCCCUACAAAAGAGAAAACAAGAAAACGUAUCACGACUCGCUUCUGGACUAGAACCUCUUCCAGAAGAUGAUAUCCAUAAAAAUCAUAAACUUCCUGCCGAACCUUCAAGACUCGAUUCCUUACUAAUUACAUCACAAAUCAAUAAUUAUUGUAAACAAUUAAAUCAAUAUUCUGGGCCAACUCUUGGAAAGCUUUUUAUAUCAGGAGAAUUACAAAAAUAA